AUGGUUGAAGGGGGAUGGUCUGAUACAGAGAGGGUUAGUAAAUUUCACUUCAUCCACAACUCUAUUACUCUGUCAUCGGGAAUCCAGAUCUGGACAGUACCAUACACUACCAAUUACAGAAUAGAAGCAGUUGGUGCUACUGGUGGUUAUGAUUCAUAUUCAAGCUCAUAUCGAGGUCGAGGUGCUCGCAUGAUCGGUACUUUUGCAUUAAGAAAAGGAGACCGCAUUAAGAUACUGGUUGGUCAGGAAGGAGGUAUAAAUACAAAAUCUAUAUCAUCUGGUGGAGGAGGGGGGAGCUUUGUCGCUAAAUACGACAACACGUCAUUGAUUGUUGCUGGAGCUGGAGCUGGUAUAGAAAACGCUAAAAACCACCAUUCUAGUUCUGACGGUAGUGUGUCUAUGUCUGGAAAUCCUGGACAUGGUGGCAGUCAAUGGGCUGGUGGAAUAAAUGGCAAUGGAGCUCCAAAGGCUGGCAGUGACAAUUCUGGAGGAGGUGGAGGUGGCUUUUAUUCAUCUGGUCGCAGCAGCAAUCAAUUUGGUGGAUCUAUCGGUUACGGUGGAGAAGGCGGAAAAGGAUUCUUACAGGGAGGUGUUGGAGGAAGAUCCUAUAUUAAUAAUGUUCCUGGUGGCUUUGGAGGGGGUGGAGGUGCUUGUGGAUCUGGUUGUGGAGCGGGUGGUGGUGGGGGAUAUUCAGGAGGGGCUUGUGGUGACAAUAACAAUGAUUCUUCUGGAGGAGGGGGAGGGUCAUAUAAUAGUGGAUCAGAUCAAAGCAAUACAUGCUGCUACAACAGCCAAGGUCAUGGCUAUGUUAUCAUCUCAAUAGUGUAAACUGUGAAAUUAACCUGUUGACAUAUUACUUUUAGGUGUGCUUUUCAAUUUAGUUCAAACUAUAAUCUUUUCCUCUGUUUGCAGAGGUUGCUGUGAAUGGAAUAUCACGCCCGUCAAUUUACAUAUUUUUUACAGAUAAUUCCGAUUGGAUAUGUAAUCUUUCACCAAAAAUAUCCUUAUGUAAAUAUAAGUAGAGAUGAAGGUUUUUAGAUUUCAUUAUUCUAAGCACAAACUUUUUAGAAAUCGUUGACCGUCAACGUUAUUGUCUUGUGAAUUAGAAUAGUUGCGUUUCGCGAACUGUUGUCCACUUUGCUAAAUUGUGUGUAACUCGAAAUAAUUCAAACGGUUUUUAUUGCCUUCUAUAUUCAUAGAUCUCAUGCUUUUGCACGGAUUGUUACGGAAUAAAAGAAUAAAUUAUCUUAAAUCCUUA